GGUGUGUGUGUGUGCGGGACUAAAGCGGAGCGAAUGGCUCUCGGAGUCCUCGGUGUGUGAUCCGCGCAGUGUGUCUCAGUUUUCCGGCGGCAAUCCGACUCCAUCCGCUGCUUCAUCAUGGACCUCCGGGCCUCAGGCUCGCUCUGGAGGAGUCCGACAUGUUUGUAGGGAAUUCUGGAAGCUGAAUUGAGUGAAUUGUAAGAAGCACACCGGCACUUUUUUUGGCCUUUGCUCCGCACGCUAGUUGGGGAUUUAAACGCAGCCCCUGACGGUGAGGCUCGAGGCGGCGUUUCUUCUUUAACAGCUCUGACGUUGGUUUCUGCGCUCGCGACCCGGAGUCGUGCCGCACGUGCGGUUUGUUACAGACCGAGCAGACACAGAGCGCGUCAUUUCCAGAGCGCGCGGAGCCUGACAGGACGCGGACCGAUAACAGUAAGUGCACACUAAAUAGGGUCCCUUCCAAGCAUCUAACGAAGAGAUAAACAUCACAGAUUCACAGUUUGGCAGGCAGGUUCACGACCCCCCCUCAUGCAGAACCACGGGAAAUGAAUAAACCGCCUCAGCCUAUCGCAGGACCGCCCUCAGUCCCUCACCCCGCCCCCUCGCCAGGACUGACAUCGGCUGUUUAUCCCCCUGGUCAGCCUGCCUCUGUUGUUUUUGCCAAUCAGCCUCCACCAAUGAACUCGGCACCACAACCCAGACAGUUUGCACCAGGGCCUCGUGCUUUACAUCAACAGUCAUUUUACCCCCGGGGCACUUUGCAGAGUAGCGCCCCACGUGUGGGGGCAAGUAACCAGCCUCGCCCUGUCCCAUCCUCUCACGUUUACCCCCCAAACUCGCCGAUGGUGAUGAUCCCCCAGCAGCAGAUCCCAUUCCCGCCCAACUCUCAGGGCCACGCCUACUUCAUUCAGCCUGGACAGGUGUCGCAGUACCGCGGACCAUACGUUCACCAGACGCAGCAGUAUUCAGUGGCCAGCGCACCGACUAGCUUUUACCCCCCCGGAACCAACCCCGACUACAGCUCCUCCUAUGCUGGAGCGUAUUACCCCGCUCAGACUCCGUACCAACCGUCAGUGCCCACUCCGCCUGUUAUGAUGAACCCUGCUCAGCAGCAGCAGGCCCCGCCCCCUCAGCAGCAAGCCCCACCCCAACAGCACAAAAGGGAGCGCAAACAGAUUAGAAUACGAGACCCUAAUCAAGGAGGUAAAGACAUCACGGAGGAGAUCAUGUCUGGAGCAAGGACCACAUCUACGCCCACGCCUCCUCAUUCUGUUGGUGCUGAGGUCAGUGGUACCGUCCAGGCCAACGGUGAGACCGUGACCCCUGCGGCUCCGGUGGUCCGAUUCGAUGAUCAUGUGAAGUCUUCAAGCCCUGCGGCUCCUGCCUCGACCCCUCCACCUCGUUCAGAUCCUUCCCCCGAGCCUAAAUCUGUCCCAGAUGUCCCUGCUGCUGCUCCUCUGGUGGUUCCUGUGCCUCCAGGACAAAGUGAAGAUGUUGUUCCGGACCCUUCUCCAUCCUCUUCUCCCGCUCCUACAGCGCUCCCCACAGAGCCCACAACGAACGACAGCGUGGACGCCCCCGAGCCUCCUGAAGCUGCGCCCCAAAAGGUAGAGGAGGAAGCGCCAGAGUCUAACGCCGCCCUUCCCGAACAGCCGUGCGCUCACGUCAAGGAGGCCGAGCCUGAAAAGACGAUCGAGCCAUGCGCCGAAACGCCGCUCUCAGCCGCCGCCUCUACCGCGGCCCCUGCUGAGGAGGACACGCCCCCUACAGCAGCAGCAGCAGCCGCUGCAAACGGGGAGACGGAAUCUGAUGAGGUCACGCCCUCCCCAGCUCCUACAGCCACGCCUGUUCCUGAGCCUGCGAGCAUCCCCAUGGCCAACGGUCUGCCUCAGGAGCCCGAAGAGCUGCAGGAAGAGAAACUCGAGCCAGAACCGGAGCCGGCCGCCGAACCCGAGGUUCCUGAAAUCGAUGCAAAAACAUCUACAGAAGAGCAGGAGGAGGAGCAAGUGGAGGACGAGCCUGCUCCUGCAGAGGAGACGACUAUGCAAGCUGUUCUGUCCAUGCCAAAGAAGAAAAAGCUGAAGAAGAGCGAUCUGAAUAAUAAAGUGGUCGGGGACGUGUUGGACGCAUAUAAAGAGCCGGAGGAGAAGGAAGCUGUUCCUGAGCCUGCUCCCGUCGAGGUCCAGCCCUCUGAGACUCGUCCCAUUGCGUCUCCCACCCCUGAGGAGACCGAUGAGACAUGGGAGGAGAAAGAGGACAAACUGGAAACGGAGAACAUCGACUCCGACUCUGAGAAACCUGUGGAGCAGAAAUAUCAGUAUAAAGAGGAGCACUGGAAGCCCAUUAAUCCAGAGGAGAAGAAGAGGUACGACCGGGAAUUCCUGCUGGGCUUCCAGUUCAUCAGUGCCAGCAUGCACAAACCUGAGGGCCUGCCGCACAUCACAGACGUGGUUCUGGACAAGGCUAAUAAAACGCCGCUGCGGCCGAUGGAUCCGAACCGUCUGAUGAAUUGCGGGCCUGAUUUCACGCCUUCGUUUGCCAAUCUGGGCAGAGCGCCCCUUUUGGGAGGAAGAGGACCUCCCCCAGGUCCACGACGGUCUCAGCAGGGUCAGCGCAAAGAGCCACGCAAGAUCAUCGCCAGCGUGUCUCUGAACGACGACAUACAGCUGAACAAGGCCGAGAAGGCCUGGAAGCCGGCGGUAAAGAAGUCCCGCGGCGACGAGGACGACCCCGAAUCGCUCAAGACCCAGGAGCUGUUUAAGAGAGUGCGUAGCGUCCUGAACAAACUGACGCCGCAGAUGUUUCAGCAGCUCAUGAAGCAGGUCACGGAGCUGACCAUCGACACAGAGGAGAGACUCAAAGGAGUCAUCGACCUCAUCUUCGAAAAAGCCAUUUCUGAACCCAACUUCUCCGUUGCUUACGCCAACAUGUGCCGCUGCCUUAUGGGGCUGAAAGUGCCCACCACGGACAAACCGGGAGCCACUGUGAAUUUCCGCAAACUGCUGCUCAAUCGCUGCCAGAAGGAGUUCGAGAAGGACAAGGACGAUGACGAAAUCUUCGAGCAGAAACAGAAGGAGCUGGACGCCGCCACCGAGGAGGAAAUCCGGCAGCGGUUGAAGGAAGAGCUGGAGGAAGCGAAGGACCAAGCCCGGCGCCGUUCCCUCGGCAACAUCAAGUUCAUCGGAGAGCUGUUUAAACUGAAGAUGCUGACGGAGCCGAUCAUGCACGACUGCAUCGUCAAGCUGCUGAAGAACCACGAUGAGGAGAGCCUCGAGUGUCUCUGCAGGCUCCUGUCCACCAUCGGCAAGGACCUGGACUUCGAGAAGGCCAAGCCCCGUAUGGACCAGUACUUCCACCAAAUGGAGAAAAUAAUAAAGGAGAAAAAAACCUCGUCGAGGAUCCGCUUCAUGCUGCAGGAUGUGAUAGACCUGAGAAAAAAUAACUGGGUUCCCCGGCGAGGCGACCAGGGCCCUAAAACCAUCGACCAGAUCCACAAAGAGGCAGAGCUGGAGGAGCACCGGGAGCACGCCAAAGUGCAGCAGCAGCUUCUGUCCAAGAAAGACUCAAGUCGAGGAAGAGGAGGUAGAAUGAAUCAGCCUCAGGAUGAGGGCUGGAACACGGUACCCAUCAGCACCAAGAACCGUCCCAUCGACACGUCCCGCCUCAGCAAGAUCACCAAGCCUGGUGCUUUAGAUUUCAACAAUCAGCUUCUCGCCCCUGGAGGAAAGGGAUCCUGGGGCAGUUGGGGCAAAGGGAGCAGCGGUGGAUCAGGAGCCAAGACCACCACCGAGCAAGAUGCGGGACGGCCGGCUACGAGUACCCUGAACCGCUUUUCAGCUCUUCAGCAGGCUGCACCUUCAUCCACGUCCUCCUCAUCCUCAAUGGACUCAGAGCGCAGAGUUCCUCAAAGGAACAGCUCAAGUCGAGACCGCAGUGAGCGGGACCGAUUUGAUCGCUUGGACCGUCGGGACAGCCGCGAGGACAGAGACCGAGGGCUGGACAGGACGCGAGCCACGAUCACUAAACGCAGCUUCAGCAGGGAGAGCGAGGACCGGUCACGAGCCGGAGACGUGCGCCGUGUGUCCAGCAUGAUUGACGAGAGGGAGCGCGGGAGCCGGGAUCGUACCGCCAGCCGAGAGGCAGCGGUGAAGCGUGAAACGGCCCCGACACCGCCGCCACCGGCUCCGAGCAAACCCGCCCUGAGUGAGGAGGAGCUGGAGAAGAAAUCCACCGCCAUCAUCGAGGAGUACCUACACAUUAACGACCUGAAGGAGGCGGUGCAGUGCGUACAGGAGCUGAACAGCGCGUCUGUGCUCUACGUGUUCGUGCGCGUUGCCGUGGAGUCGACGCUCGAGCGCAGCACCAUCGCCCGGGAGCACAUGGGCCUUCUGCUGCACAAACUCAUCAGCGCUGCUAUCUUACCUUCUGAGCAGUACUACAAAGGGCUUCAAGAGAUUCUGGAGGUGGCUGAUGACAUGGCUAUCGACAUUCCUCACAUCUGGCUGUAUCUGGCGGAGAUCAUCUCCCCCAUGCUGCACGAGGGAGGAAUACCCAUGGGGCCGCUCUUCAGAGAGGUGGCGAAGCCAUUGUUGCCGAUAGGAAAGGCUGCUGUGCUGCUGGUUCACAUCCUCAACUUGCUCUGUAAAGGACUGAGUCACAAAAAGGCCGGCGCUUUGUGGAGCGACGCAGGGCUCAACUGGAAGGACUUCCUGGCCGAGGAUGAGGACGUCAACAAGUUUGUGACGGAACAGAAAGUGGAGUUUACGCUGGGGGAGGAGACUGAGAAGCCAAGUAAGAAGGAGCUGAGCGUCGAGGAGAUGAGUAAGAACCUCGACUGGCUGAUUCAGGACAAAGCCAGCAACCAGAGGAUCCAUGACUGGGUGGAGGCGAACCUCAACGAGCAGCAGAUGAUCUCCAACUCAUUCGUCCGAGCGCUGAUGACCUCCGUGUGCCAAGCGGCGAUCAUCUGUGACAACCCGUAUAAGGUGGACGUGGAGCAGAUUACCCAGAGGGCCAAGCUGCUGCAGAAGUACCUGAUGGACGAGCAGAAGGAGCUGCAGGCACUUUAUGCUCUCCAGGCCCUCAUGGUGCGACUGGAGCAACCAGCCAGUUUGCUGCGGAUGUUCUUCGACGUGCUGUAUGACGAGGACGUGAUCAAAGAGGAAGCGUUCUACAAGUGGGAGACCAGCAAAGACCCCGCCGAGCAAGUGGGCAAAGGCGUGGCCCUCAAAUCCGUCACCGCGUUCUUCACUUGGCUCCGGGAGGCCGAGGAGGAAUCGGAUAACAGCUAAAAGCAAGAGCGCCCCCUUCAGCCCGGGAGCUGUACUGCGCUGAGGGAAAGGACUACAAACUGAACUGAACUUGAAACUCCUGAAGACUCGAGUCAAAAGACACUGACUACAAUCACUUCUCUAACCCACCCCCACCCCAUGACUUUUGAAAAAUAAAUAAAAAUAAAGUUUCA